AUGGGCGGCUUCACAUGUGUCAAAUUUAUGAUGGUUGUGUUCAACUUGAUUGUUUUUCUCAUGGGUGCAUGCCUGACAGCUACAGGGACAUGGGCCAUUGUUGCUGGAACUGAAUUUCUCAGAGUUAUAGUACCAUUCAUGACGGAAUACCUAAAGCAUGCCAAUGUGAGCGUCUUAUUCAUCAUUAUGGGAUCGAUUAUGGUUAUGAUGGGAUUGCUGGGUUGCUGUGGAGCCCAGAAAGAAAGCAAAUGUCUUCUUAUAACGUUCUUUUCCAUCAUCGUGAUCAUUUGGGUUACUCAGGUGUCGGCCGGAGCAGCUGUCAUUAAUUUAUCCAGAUUUACUGAGAUCACCUUACAGGAAUGGGCCAAACCUCAACUGAAGAAUCAAUAUGGGAAACAUAACGCUUUCACAAACUUGUGGAACUCAACCAUGACAACAUUGAGGUGCUGUGGCUUCAGCAACUACACAGACUUCUCUGAAUCUUACUAUUACCAGCAAAAUAAGCCUCUUUACCCUCCAACCUGCUGUGCGCUACCUGCAAGCUACCCAUGUGUUGAGCAAAACGCAGCUUCCAGUCACAUGAUGGGAUGUUAUAAAACAAUUGUUAAACUCGUCAAGAGAAAUCUCCAUAUUUUUGGUGCCAUAGCACUUGGAGUGGCUUUCCUUGAGCUGAUAAUGAUGGGGUUCUCCGUUUAUCUCUAUUGCUGCCUGUACGAUCAAGACAUCUCAAAGUGAUCAAGAUUAUAAAAAAAUGUCCAUUGUCUUUUGGUAGAUAGAUAAGCUACUUCAAUUUUAU